AUGGGCCGCAAGGUGCCCAAAAUUCGAGUAAGUCAUGACGUGGAAGUGGCGCUAAUGCCAGCAGGAAAGAGAUGCGCCCCGAUGGGAACACUUCAUCUUCCGGGGACUCUUUUGAGAUCUCAAUCCGCGCCCAACAUGGUGAUGACAUCCCCAACAGGGUGGGCUGCCGAAACCCAGAAAGUACUCGAGUCGCGCCUCCGAGACUUUCAGGAGCACCGUCGACAGGAUGCCAAACUUGCCCACGCGAUGGCCGCAGGCACUUGGCCCGGUGUAGCCGCGGCACUGCGCCCUGGCACUUCGGCACCUUUGGGUGCCACUGGUGGGGGCCCGCACCAUGGUGGGCUGGACCUACGACCUCAGACGACUGGCUCAAGCAAGUACGACAUCACGAAGCACGGUUGGUACCAUCCUCUAGGACAGGCAGAGACAACACGUCUCGCUGGAAUGGACAAGGGGUCAUGGGUUUGGACGAUGCAAAAGGCUCGAGAUCACAUCGGUUACGGUCCUGAUGGUAGAGUCACGCGGGAAGAUAUUCAGAUAACAGCCGUCUCCGGCGACAACCCGGACUGGUUUAUCGGCAACAGGACCGUUCCAGGGCCUCUGACAACGAAGAAGGUUCCCGUGCGAAGAUGUCCUGAAUCCAAAAUUGAAGGUGACGAAUUGAGGGUAAGAGCCAAGACGUAUGCACAAGGAGAAGGGCUCUCGACCAUUGAAACGCUUCACGAAAGCAGUCGUCCACCGACUGCAACGAAG